GGUAACCAGUGCGGGUUACAAAGAGUGUCGUCGAUUUAAUAAAUUAUUUCGACGAUCGCAAAGAAAUGUCGAACCGCGAUCCGGACAAUUUGAUGGCUACAAACGAUGAAAAUUUCGACUACUUAUUCAAGAUCGUUCUCAUUGGCGAUUGCGGCACAGGAAAAACAUGUGUCGUUCAAAGAUUUCGAUCUGGUACAUUUAUCGAGAGGCAUGGAAACACAAUCGGUGUAGACUUUUCCAUGAAAACCGUACUAAUCGAUAAUAAGAAAGUUAAGUUGCAAAUAUGGGAUACAGCUGGUCAAGAAAGAUUUCGCACAAUAACUCAAAGCUAUUAUAGAUCCGCUAAUGGUGUUAUUGUAGUUUAUGAUAUUACAAAAAGGUCUACAUUCUUAAGUUUACAACACUGGGUUGAAGAAGUACGAAGUAUAACAUUUUUAGGUAAUAAAUGUGAUUUAGAACAUUUACGGGAAGUUGAAAAAGGAGAGGCAGAAGCCCUUUGUCCAUACCUUCCUGAAGUGCUACAAGUAGUGGAAACAUCAGCCAAAGAAAAUACCAAUAUAGAUUCUGUGUUUUUUUACCUGGCAUCUGAGCUUAAAAGAAGACAUGAAAAUCGCCAAAUAAAUACUAGUGGAGAUGAAGUUGUUAGACUUGGUGCAGGUCGAAAAUUGUCUUCCUGCUCAGCAUGCUCAUAUAAAAUAUUUUAA